UCGACUCUAUAGAUCCACAUUUCCCCAAGAUGCACCUGUGAACUGAGGGGCGGAAAAGAUGCCGCGCACCAAGCAGAACCACCCCAAGAAUCUAAAAGAUAAAAUUGAAGAGGCACAAAAAGAGCUUAAAGACCCCAAAGGCCCACAGAAAGGGACAUCUGAAAGAGAACAAAGAAAUGCAGAAAACAUAAAAGGCCUGAAGAGGAAAAAGGUUGUUGCAGAGAAUCGGCUGGAAAAAAUUCCCAAAUCACCAGUCAAGAAGCCCCUACAGUUGAAAACUUCUGAAGCUGUGCCCCACGGAGCACCGUCCAGGGAAAGUACAACUUCUCGUUGUUCCUCUUCCAACAGCCCUUCCCACAAACCUUCAACAUCCCCCAGUGGGAAAGGAGAACGACAAUAUGCCCAACCAAUUACAGCAUCCCCAAGCGAGGGGUCAUCAUCAACCGGCAGUGAAAGGCUGAAGCCGGAGGAAACGUCUUCUAGACUGCCAGCACUUGAUUCCACUGAUGGUGGACAGAGCUCUUUGAUUACUGCUACAGAAUCUCAGCCUAAAGACAACAAGAGCCCCAGCUUAGAGGGAGAUCCUUACCACAGCAGUGCUUCACUUGAUGUUUUACUUAAGGCCAUGGAGCCUGACUUUAGUACACUGGCUGAGAGGAAACACUCCUUGCAUGCCACUGGAAAACCAGCCUCCAACUUUAAAGCUCAACAUAGUGGAGAAUUAACAACAAUGCCAGCUGUUAACGUUGGUCUCCGGACCCAACCUCCUCAUAUGCAGACUUAUUAUAUUGACAAACAAGGCAACUUCAUUGGCAUUUCAGCACCACUACAAGGAAAUGUGCAGACAUCUACACAGGGUACCCCCAUGCAGUCGUCUCAGCUUGCCACACCGCACUUUAUGCCUGUUGCAUCAAAUCCUGAAAAACCUAGCUUGCACAUGAGCUUUAAUACUGGACCAUCCACCAUAACUCAUGCGCCUGUUCCUUCGGGCUCCAAUGCUUUGCCACAAAGCCAACCACCAGUUGUGCAGACAUGCCAGUCCCUUUCAGCAAGUGUUCCAAGCACCAUUCAGGUGCCAGUAACACCUGGCAGCAACCAAGUUCAGAUGACCACUGUAAUGAACUUUGGUGCUGAACAGGUUUACAAAGACCAAAAGCCUAAGAAGCCAGGAAAGUAUGUUUGUGAAUACUGCAGCCGGCCAUGUGCAAAACCCAGUGUGCUGCUCAAACACAUAAGGUCACACACAGGAGAGAGACCGUACCCCUGUGUUACUUGUGGCUUUUCUUUCAAAACCAAGAGCAACUUGUACAAGCACAAGAAAUCACAUGCUCAUGCUAUAAAGCUGGGUCUCAUUGCGCGAUCUGAAUCUGGAGGUGGGUCACUAUCUCAAGAAUCCGACAAAGCACUUGGUACACAUUCAGAGGCGGAGGAGAGUGGGGACAGUGAUGAGGAAAGUAGCACCGCAGAUUUGGACCCUGACUCAUCACAGAGCAGUGUUGCAGCUUUGUCUGAAAAUAGUUUGCAAAGUGCAGGUUCAGCUCAAGCAAGCCACAGAGAGGCUGACUCAUCGGCUGUAUUUGAGUCAAACAAACUUGCCCCCGGUCAGAAGGCUCAUGAGCCCAAAGUGACAGCUGCACUACCAAAAGUUGUUGUAUACCCAGUUAAUGUCUCCCCUAUGAGGGCAGAUAGUCCAAGAGUUACAGGUGCAGCACCUGAGCAAGCUGCUGCACAACGUCAAAGAGAGUUCCAGACUGCUAACCUGAGAUCAAGCAUCACAGUAUUGUCAUCUCUGAAAGAAGUGGAUGGUACGAACACCUCCCUAGAUACUGUCAGUGAAGAUGAAGACCUACAAUGCAAGUCUCCAAUGUUAGGUGGUCAUGCUCAGCUUCAGAGGCAACAAGCUACAGACUUUUCUCAACAGCAACAGAUGAAGUGUCUUCUUAGUCCCCGCAGUUUGGGAAGUACGGAUUCUGGGUACUUCUCGCGUUCUGAAAGCGCUGACCAAGCAAUGAGUCCACCCAGUCCAUUUGUUAAGAUAACACCCCCAGUAGAUAUUGACAUUGCCAAGAAUAGUCUUACCAAUGUUGCUCCUGUGGUUAGCACAGUUAUGCAUGUGGUAGCUGAGCAAAAGUCAAGGGCCACAGAGGGACAGAUGCGUCCACCAUUAGAAGUCAAAGCACUCUCUCUGGAAGAACGAAUUUCAAAGUUGAUAUCUGACAAUGAGGCAGUGGUUGACAAUAAGCAGCUGGACAGUGUAAAGCCAAGGAGGACUUCUCUCUCAAGGAGAGGUAGCAUAGACUCCCCUAAAUCCUACAUAUUUAAAGACUCUUUUCAGUUUGAUCUUAAACCAAUUGGGAGGAGGUCAAGUUCCAGCUCAGACAUUCCUAAGUCCCCAUUCACUCCCACUGAUAAAUCAAAGCCAGUAUUUCUUCUCUCUGUACCUUCCCAAUACCCACCAAUGGAUUGUUUGCCAAUAACAAGAAGUAACUCAAUGCCUACUACACCAGGACACUCUAAUCUUCCCAUUAAUGUUCCCCCCCUUCCCCACCCUUUGCGAAUUUGUCAGUCAUUUGACGAAAAAAUUAGUUCAUUGAAUGAUGAUGUAUUUUCAUCAGCCCCAUCAACCCCAAAUCCAGCAAUACAUUCUCGUACCUUGGUCAGACAGGCAGCAGUGGAGGACUCUUCCACAAGUGAGGGGCAUGGCCUUCAUACUGUCCGCUCCAUGGACGAGGGCUACCAUGGCCAAAGUAGUUCCACAGAACUAAUGCAAAGAAGUAGAUCUUUUGAGCACAGUCAGGACAGAAACAAAAAGCCUCAACAGAAUAAAGGUACAAUGUAUGAAUGUGAAACUUGUCGUAACAGGUACAGAAAGUUGGAGAAUUUUGAAACGCACAAGAAAUUCUAUUGCUCUGAGCUUCAUGGUCCAAAAAACAAGCCAGUCAGUGUAAAAGAAACUGACCAAGAUGUUUUUCAUGUAAACAUGCAGCCCAUAGUCUCAAGAUCAUCAAGUGGCCCGGGGAUACUUGAUCAACAGACAUCAAUUAGAAAGAGAAGGAAAAUGAAAAGUGUUGGAGAUGAGGAUGAUCAAUCUCCUACUGAUACCAUUCCACCCUGUUCCGUAAGUUUUGAGCUACCAUCUGUUCUUGCAAGUCAGACUUUUUCUCAGCAUAAUGUUAUUGUGGACAUACAGCCUAAAAACAGCCAAACAAAGCUACCUCAGAUUCAACUUGUAGCAAGAGGUCUUAAUACUUCAGAAUCCAGAUUGUCACCAAUACGAGAAACCCAGAUAUGCACCUCUACCAAGGGAGAACUUCAAAGGCAAGGCAGUGGUACUUCAGUUAUUAGACACACCAAUUCUCUCAGCAGACCAAAUUCAUUUGAGACAGAUUCGAUUGACAGGGCCUCUCCUGUUGAUGGCAUGGAGAAGGAUCCCCUAAACAAGCUCAAGACAGAUGCAAAAGCAAAUGUUACAGUGGACAGUUAUCAUGAAAAAAUAGCCAAACCCAAGAGUGUUGACUAUGAAAAACAACUAAAGGAACAGUGCUGUGAUGGCUCAGUAGGAGAUGUUGAUGAAAACUCAACUCCUGUCCAUCAUUCUCGUCUCGUUCGUCAAAACAACAUUCAGGUCCCUGAGAUUCUAGUCACCGAGGAACCAGAUAGAGAGCAUGAAACACAUACUAUUGAGCAAGCAGAUAAGCCUACAGAUCAGUUCAGCUGGCCUCAGAGAAGUGAGAGCUUGUCAAAGGUACCAGCGGAGAAACUUCCACCGAAAAAGAAAAGAAUUCGUCUGGCUCAAAUGGACCAAUCCUCAGGUGAAUCUAGUUUUGAGUCCAGCUUAUCAAGGAGCCUGAGCAGGGACAGUAGUCUUUCUCGUUGUUCCAGUGUCUCGGCCUCUUUUGACAGAGAGGAGACGUCUAGGUCAGAGAGUCCUUCCAGAGGAGAGUGUUUUAGCAAAGUUCAGGAGCCUCAAGGUUUGCCUACAGUCUUCAAUACCCUUGGUGUGCCUGGAAUUAUGAGGCGGGCUGCAUCUGAACAAAUCACUUGUACUCAACCAUCUGUUGAGAUUUCAUGUGACUACCGUAGCAAGUCCUUUGACUGUGGCAAUGUGUCCCCCAGCAGAUCUCUGUCACCUGUUGGCCAACACAAAAGUGGACAAAUCUUACACGCUCCCCAGGUGCCACUUAUUGAAAGGAGGCGAGGGCCUUUAGUCCGUCAAAUGUCUUUAAAGAUAGGCCCAGAAAGUCAGCAACCUGUCCGGAAGGUUGUCAUACCUAUAGAUAAACCUGCCACUUCAAAUGUUAGCUCUUUAACUCAGAAUAGAGGCCAUCAGAUUCACAUUGCCAAUAGGCAGACCAUGGCUCAGCCAUUUAUUCUGCGUACUGGGGAGCUGCCUUUGCAAAACAACGAGCAAAUUGUGCAGAGCAUUCAUUUGGGUAGUCUAACUCAGCAACCUCAAGUCCAUGGCCUUCCGCACCCUUGGCAUCAAACUUCAAGGGUUCAAAUAUGCCAAAAGUUACAACAACCACAGAGUCAGAUCUUAGUUUGUCGCCAGAAUAUACAAAACAAACCAGCUGACUCUGAAGAAAAGAAAAGUUUUGUGCCCAAAUACCAACUAACAUCUCCUGCUCUGAGAGCAAGCCAAACAUUUUCAUUUGCCAACACUCAGGCAACUCAGAUUGCCCUACCAGUUUUGACAAUACCUAUUGCCAAUCCAGUUUUGAGCAUUUCAAAGUCUUCAGAUGUACGCACAAAUGUUUAUGUUGCUCAACCAAAUCAACAGGCCUCUGAGAUUAAGACACAGACCGUUGUUCUGUCAGGAGAACAGCAAAAGGACCUAUUUGAUCAGACCCAAGCAGGCGCUAUACCAUUGCCUCAGAUCCUCAUAACUCAUGAGCAGAUGCACCCUGCUCUUUCUGUGUCAAAUAAAAAUAGCCUUCUAUCCAGUCACAGCGUAGAUAGUGACACUCAAACGCUACCUACUGUAAAGGAUAGGACUCCAACAGUUAGCACUCAUAUGCAUUCAGGAGAACGAGCACCUUCCCUUGGGUCUUUACAUUGCACUCAGAAACUGGCAUCAGUAACUCUAUGCCCACAGCACGAACCCACCGCCUCAAGUAAACGAAUGCUGUCACCUGCAAACAGCCUGGACAUCUACAUGGAAAAACACCAGAAGCGGGCUAAGGAUGAGCAUGGUGUGGCCUGUUUAACUGAUGGAAGGUCAGUCAGCUAUCUUAACAGCAAGAUGUCAGAGGUUACAAGACAAAGGAAGCUAACACUGGUGAGGCAGGUUUGCACAACCGAGCCAGUGGACAGUCCCAUUGAAACUGAGGCCCCACCUCUGCCACAGGUUAAAACAGAUGGAGAGAAACAGUCAGAGGCAACUGAUGAAGUUAAGCCAAUGUCACCAGACAGUACUGGGCUGGAAAAACACACAAGCACUGUUAUUCAUGAGGAAGAAGGACCUACCCAAAAAUCUACAACAUGUAGCCAGGUCAACUCCAUGCCAGUUAGUAAUUCUCUGAAGCCCCAAGAAAAAGUUGAUGAACAGAGAUGGUCUCCGGCCAAAUCUCCCAUUAGGCCCUCCAGUUUCCAUGGUGGACAAAUGAAACUGACCACAUCUGUAUCUGUGGUUAACACAAAGGACAGUCAUCGCCUUUCUUUCCCCAGCCUGAAAACUGCCACCACAUUUACCUGGUGUUUCCUAAUGAAGAGGAAACCUCUUCAUGUUCCACAGACUGACCUGAAGACUUCAGCCUACGCUGUCUGGUCAGUCAGUCCCAACAACCCCAACCCACUUGGCUUGCCCACUAAAGUGGUCAUGUCUCUUUUUGACUCCAAGCAGAGCUCCAAGAAAAUGCACUACACCUCAGCUAUAAGAACGAGCAAGAAAUCUGAUAUCCUGUCUUACUCAGGCAAGCUGAAAGAUGUCAUGCCAAAGGUGCCAAUAACCCAGAAGCCGAAUUCAGCUGAAACCAGGAAUAAAGUGACACCUGAACCUCAGGCAAGCAAUGAGUCGGACAAGGACGUGGCAUCUAAAACGGAACCAAGACGAGUCAAAAUAUUUGAUGGCGGAUAUAAAUCUAAUGAGGAGUAUAUUUAUGUACGUGGACGUGGACGUGGGAAAUACAUCUGUGAGGAAUGUGGGAUCCGCUGCAAGAAGCCCAGCAUGCUGCGCAAACAUAUCCGCACCCACUCCGACGUCCGGCCAUACCACUGUGUCCACUGCAACUUCUCCUUCAAGACAAAAGGGAAUCUGACCAAGCACAUGAAAUCCAAGGCCCACAGUAAGAAAUGCAUGGAGAUGGGGGUUCCCGAGGGUCUCAUCGAGGAUCAGGAUGCAGAGGACUCAGGAGACCCUAGUCAGGUGAGCAGUGCUGACCGUCAAGAUUCAGACGGGGAUGACUCCGACGGCCCUGAUGAUGAGGAUGACAACGAGGAGGAAGAGGAGGACAGCCAGGCAGAGUCCGGCCUCUCCACCAACCCCUCGGUCUCUGCCAGCCCGCAGCAUAUCCCCUGCAAAGAGGCUGAAGUCCCUCCUAGCGCCCUCCUAGCCCAGAUGUCGAUAAGCUCCGUCUCCCUAUCUCUCUCCCAGCCCCGAGCUCCUGAAUCCCACACACAAGACUCAGACUCUGUCCCCAUGAUGAGCCCCGUGUCCCUGAGCAAGCAGAUAUGCAUCUCGGGCUCUUUCCACAGCCACUCACCCUUCCCUUACUCUCCUCCACCCGUCGCCGCCACAUCCGACACCUACACCUCAGACACAGAGUCAGUGCACAUGAUGAGCCCGGUGUCGCCGUGCAGGCAGAUGUCCAUCGACUACCCUGACUUUGAGGUCCCCCCUAGUCCCCCCGUGCCAGGCAAGGGCUCCAAGCUAGGCCAGGAUAUCUCCUCUGCCCCUCCUCCUGCUGUGGCCACCAGUGAACCAGGUGUUCCAGUGGACCGGGGGACUCAGACCUCCUUCUAUGCUUCACAAGGUCUCAUGAACUUUCCUCCACAGGGUCUCUCCCACACACCUGGAGCACAGACCCAAACCCACCUGUUCAGUCACCUGCCCUUGCACUCCCAGCAGCCUUCUCGCCCCUCUUACAGCAUGGUCCCAGUAGGGGGGAUCCAGCUGGUGCCUGCUGGCCUGGCAGCCUAUUCCACCUUCUUACCAAUACAGGCCGGUCCCGUCCAACUCACCAUUCCAGCGGUGAGCGUCAUUCACAGGAACACGAGCCCCUUACCAGCUCCCAACACUCCUCCCCUACCAGACGGCGUGCACACCCAGCCCCUUGUGAUGCAAGAGCCUCUCAGUAGUGUUCUGCCCUGCUUCCUAGGGCAGGUCACCGGUCUGCAGUCGCAAACAUUACAACCAUUAGGUCUGGAGACACUUAACCUCAUGGGGCUUACCAACACAGGCCUGGCAUCCACACAGCUGCUCUCCCCGCAAGGGCUCACCCUAAACGCCACCCUCGGUCUUCAGGUUUUGGCUGCCAAUCCCACUUCCCAAAGCAGCACUGGACCCCAGACGCAUGGUCUGCAGAUACUUAACUUUGCUCUGCCCGCCAUCAUUCCUUCUCUCAGCCCUCUCUCCACCUUGAGUCCUCUACCGGGGCCCUCGGAGAGGCAGGGAAGCCCUGAAGCUGCAGGACCACAGCCAUCUCAAAGCGAACAAGGUCUUGGUUCUUUACAGAGCUGCACGCCUGGCUCAUCACCUGCCCAUUCAAAGGUGAGCAGCUCACCAGAACCAAUCUCAGGCAGCAGGGCGAGCGCUGGAGGUAACAGUGGAGAGCUCACACAGACUAUCAAGAGAGGAGAAAAGGAUGAAUCCUCUCAGAAACAUCCACCAUUAGCUGCUGAGAGCCAAGAAUACCCGGCUCAAAAGUCACCGGCUGAAGCAGCUAGUGAUCAUGCACAUCCAAGAACUCGGUUAGUGAACAGCUGGCAGAGCGUAAAUGAGGACUAUAAUGAGGUGUCCAGUGAUGAUGAAGACAGACUGGUCAUUGCCACCUGA